AUGAAAUGCAAAUUGCAACCCUCUUCUUGUCUUCUUCUUCCAUCAAUCGUCGCCGUUUUGUCGUCCGUUUUCUGGGUCACCGGAGCGGCGGCAGUCAAGAAAAACUUCGAUCGAGUCUCACUGCUCACUCGUCUUGAAGAUCAUCCAUAUCUUCGAGAUGAUCAAGAUGUUGUCCAAGAUGGCACUCAAUCUCAGGAGACAGAAGGGAUGCUCCUUCAGCUCAAUGAUGAAGAACGUCAACGGCUCAUGAAGAUAAUCAGUACACCUGGGCCACAAACAUUACGGAUGGAGCAGAUUCAAAUGGGAGGAGAGACACAACAUAUACUGCAGCAACAUCAGAUCUCUGAACAUCCAUCUACUUCUGGAUAUUCUAAUAAUGCCUUUAUAUACAUCAAGAGUGAUGAUGCCUACAAAGAUGAAGCCCAACAACAAUCCAACCAAUUCGAUGCCACUGUCAAUUCUGUUGCUCACGGACAAGCCAGUCUAUCAACUCUCGAAAUGUUCAACUGUAAUGGAUCACCUAAUGGAGACAAUCUUCGUCGGAAGACGCCUGUCAGGAAACAAGAAGAUUCUAUUAAAGCCACUUGUAAAGUGUGCGGACACGAUGUAAUGUAUUCUCCUCAAAGAACUUGGAACCUGAUGCGUCACGUUUGGAUUAUGCACCAAUCAUCAAAACCCAAUCAAUGUUCGAUUUGUGGCUAUUCCCAUAUCAAACCCUACGUUAGGAAACACAUUGAUUCACAGCAUAAACACGAUGCGAAUGCAAGUAUUCUAGAUUUAAAAUCACCCGAAUUAGAAGCUGAAUGGAGUCAACUUUUAGAUCAGUGUUUCGGAGUAACAUAUCGGAAAUGGAAGCACCAUAAAGAAGAUAUUCAACAGCAAGCGGGUGAAGAAGACUACGGUCACGAACAUCACUUUUCACCUGAAGACGAUGUCAUGCAACCACUAUGA